GCCGCGCGCCGGCCGAUGGCGUCAGCGCGCAUGGCACCGCCCCUUCCCCCGCCAUCCUGCGCGAAGGCCGCUUCCGUCGCGGAGAGCAGCGCUCCGGUACCUGUGGCUCCGUGGGGGCGGGCCUAACCUCAUUCCUCUCCCCCGCCUUGCCCGCGAACUCCCCUCCGCCCAGCGUCGGAAACCGGUGGUCGUCCCGCCCUUUCCCCUCCCCCCCCCCUCCCCCCCUCCGGCCGCUGGCGGGCGUCGCAUGUUACCCGGGGGUGGCGGCGGGCCGCCGGUGAGGGCGGGGAAGCAUGGCCGCCCCCGGGUCCGAGAAGAGCAGCAAGAAGAAGACGGAGAAGAAGCUCGCCGCCCGCGAGGAGGCGAAGCUGCUGGCGAGCUUCAUGGGGGUGAUGAACACUAUGCGCAAGCAGAAAACUCUGUGUGAUGUCAUUCUUAUGGUUCAAGAAAGAAAGAUCCCAGCUCACCGUGUUGUGCUUGCUUCAGCCAGUCAUUUUUUUAACUUGAUGUUUACCACAAAUAUGCUUGAGUCAAAGUCCUUUGAAGUGGAGCUAAAAGAUGCAGAACCUGACAUUAUUGAACAGCUCGUGGAGUUUGCUUAUACAGCAAGAAUCUCGGUGAACAGCAAUAAUGUCCAGUCUUUACUAGAUGCAGCAAACCAAUAUCAAAUUGAACCUGUGAAAAAAAUGUGUGUGGAUUUUUUAAAGGAACAAGUUGAUGCUUCUAAUUGUCUUGGUAUAAGUGUGUUAGCAGAAUGCCUAGACUGUCCAGAACUGAAAGCCACUGCAGAUGACUUUAUCCAUCAGCAUUUCACUGAAGUUUACAAGACAGAUGAGUUUCUUCAGCUUGAUGUUAAGCGUGUCACACAUCUUUUGAACCAAGAUACAUUGACAGUGAGGGCAGAAGACCAGGUUUAUGAUGCAGCAGUCAGAUGGCUGAAGUAUGAUGAGCCAAAUCGCCAGCCAUACAUGGUUGAUAUUCUUGCUAAAGUCAGAUUUCCUCUUAUAUCAAAGAACUUCUUAAGUAAAACAGUUCAGGCUGAACCACUUAUUCAGGAUAACCCAGAAUGCCUUAAAAUGGUGAUCAGUGGGAUGCGAUACCAUCUGCUUUCCCCAGAAGACAGAGAAGAGUUAGUGGAAGGUACACGGCCCAGAAGAAAAAAACAUGAUUAUCGCAUUGCUUUGUUUGGAGGCUCACAGCCCCAGUCCUGCAGAUAUUUUAAUCCAAAGGAUUACAGCUGGACAGACAUCCGAUGUCCCUUUGAAAAGCGCAGGGAUGCAGCUUGUGUCUUCUGGGACAACGUAGUUUAUAUUUUGGGUGGUUCCCAGCUCUUCCCUAUAAAGCGAAUGGACUGCUACAAUGUGGUGAAGGAUAGCUGGUAUUCCAAGCUAGGACCUCCAACACCUCGAGAUAGCCUUGCAGCCUGUGCUGCUGAGGGCAAAAUUUAUACAUCUGGUGGUUCAGAAGUGGGAAAUUCUGCACUGUAUUUAUUUGAAUGCUACGACACAAGAACAGAAAGCUGGCACACAAAGCCCAGCAUGCUGACUCAGCGAUGCAGCCAUGGGAUGGUAGAAGCAAAUGGUCUCAUUUACGUAUGUGGAGGAAGCUUGGGAAACAAUGUUUCUGGAAGGGUCCUAAAUUCCUGUGAAGUUUAUGAUCCAGCCACUGAAACGUGGACUGAACUCUGUCCAAUGAUUGAAGCCAGAAAGAAUCAUGGACUGGUGUUUGUAAAGGACAAAAUAUUUGCUGUGGGUGGACAAAAUGGCUUAGGUGGCCUUGAUAAUGUAGAAUAUUAUGAUAUCAAGAUGAAUGAAUGGAAGAUGGUGUCUCCAAUGCCAUGGAAAGGUGUAACAGUGAAGUGUGCUGCUGUGGGAUCUAUAGUCUAUGUCCUGGCUGGUUUUCAGGGUGUUGGUCGAUUAGGGCACAUUCUUGAAUAUAAUACUGAAACAGACAAGUGGAUAGCCAAUUCCAAAGUCCGUGCUUUCCCAGUGACAAGUUGUUUAAUCUGUGUUGUAGACACUUGUGGGGCAAAUGAAGAAACUUUAGAAACCUGAAGACCUGUAGGAGACGCUUAGACAUUCUUCAAGGACUUGUGGAAAGAUGACUAUUGGUGCUUUGCUUCCAUGUUUUACUGAAUCUUGUUAAAUUGAGUAAUAUGAAAAACUGAGAUGCAGUCUUUAGAUUUGUAUAUACAGCAUAUUGUGUAACAUGGAUUUUGUCAUGCCCAUUUUCUUGUCUGUUUUAAGAGAUGGGGAUGUGUUUUGAGAAUCCACUUACCUAGCUGACAUCAUACGGCAUCUUCCUUUUAAAAGGACUCUGUGUGGCCUUGUUAAAAUAGACCCAGUCCAAUUAUAUAGAACUCAAAGCAUUUGAUGAAGAUAGGAUUUCUGGUUAAACGACACUUUAUGGAGCUCAGUUGCAGAUAUUCUUCGUGUAAUAAAGGUGAGUAAAUGCAGCUUGGGUCAUGAGAAAUACAAGCAAAAGUUUUUCUCAUUUAUACCUACCUGCAGAAACCUUACUAGAAUGCAAUGAAGAUUUUCCUCAGGAAAGACCAAGGACAGCAGUGUAAUAAAUAUUCCCAUGUUGAAUGGGAAUAGGUUAUACAGUUCCCUAGAUUAUGAUAGCUGCCCUCUUCCAGUGACUUUCUUCCAUCAUUUGCAUGACUGCAUAUAAUUUUUUAAAGUUAGGCUGGCCGUAUAUAUAGAUUAGAGAAACACUUUGCUAGUAACAUCUUUGGCAUUUUGGGGAGCUUUCAUAGAAGAACUCUCAUUUUUUUGUUACGCUGAGGUAGGGGCAUGGUGGGGGAAGUCUACAAUAAUUGUGCACUAUAAUUAGCAAGUUGGAAAUUUGGGAUUAAUACUGAAUAUAUUUUGCCAGGCAUCAGACUGUACAUAUUGUGGAUGCCAGACCAUUAGUAAAGAUGGUAAUGGCAAUGGGAAGGCGAAGUCAAUACAACAAAUGUAUUGAUUUUCUUCUUGAGAGUGACUGUUUUUAAAAUGGCAUGAACCAAGUCAUUAAAGAUACUUUAUAGAAGUCUU